CCCGCGCUAAUCAUCUUGCUUGUUUCUGACCAUAUAAUGAUGACCAGGCAGCUAUAUCGACGACGCGGUCAAAACAAACGCUUCUAUAGGGUAUACUGUGGAAGUAACCGCAGUGGCCCACCCCGCGCUAAUCAUCUUGCUUGUUUCUGACCAUAUAAUGAUGACCAGGCAGCUAUAUCGACGACGCGGUCAAAACAAAUACCUCUAUAUACUAUAGAAGUAACUGCAAUCAGUUACCUUCUUGACAGGACUCAAUCCCAUCAGUUUCAUCCUCCUUGACUAUUUUCCCUCUUUGACUGUUUUCCAUUGCGGAUUUCUACAUCUAUCAAAUCCUUCACGUUUUACCACUUUUACAAGGACAAACAUACCAAUGUCUCCUACGUUCUUUGUCUGCGGUGCCACCGGUGCCCAAGGAGGAGCAAUCGCCAAUCAUCUCCUCCAACAGCAAGCCAACAUCCGCACCACCACUCGAAACACCGACUCAGAGAGCGCCAAAGCUCUCCAGUCCCAGGGCGUAUCCAUCAUUAAAGGCGACUGGGACGACGAGAACGCCCUCAAAGAAGGCAUCAAAGGCUGCACGGGCCUCUUCCUCAACACGUUCCCCAGCCUGCAAAACCCAGUCCUGGAAGUGGAGAGAGCACGCCAAAUCCUCAACAUCGCCAAAGAAGCAGGCGUCAACCACGUCGUCUACUCGAGCGCCUUCGCCAUCCACGAACCAGAGCGCCUCGACCACUGGGACGCCAACAGCCGAGCCGCCGGAAUACUCCUCCAAAAACAGGCGGUCGAGAAGGCUGUCCGCAGCGCGGGGUUCGAGUUCUGGACGAUCAUGCGUCCUGGCUUCUUCAUGACGAAUUUCCUGCCGCCGACGGUGCUGUUCUACGGCAACAUUCCGGCGACCGGCAGCAUAGUGUCGGCCCUGACGCCGGAGACGUUGUUGCCUCUGGUGGAUCCUAAUGAUAUCGGGAAGUUUGGCGCCGCGGCGCUUCUCGAGCCUGCUCGGUUUAACCACGCCGAGCUCACCCUUUCGGGUGAGUUGAUUGGCGUGGAUGAUAUUAUGAAGGCGCUGUCGGAUCUGACUGGGAGAGACUUAAAGGCAAUCUAUCUGUCCGAAGCGGAGAUUGAGGAGCAGAGCGCCAAAAACCCGGUUUUUGUCGCGCAGAAAAUGAUGCGCACGAUGUCGCAGUUUCAUGACGCGGAGUUGUCGAAGACGUGGGGGAUACCGACGGGGAAUUUUGCAGAGUUCCUGGAGAGAAAUAAGGAGAAAUUUCUGGCGGUGUAUAGGAUGGUAUAGCCGUAGACGAACAGCAUCCCCAUGGUCAGUCGCUUGUAUCGGGAUGCAACGGCAUUGACUGAGACGCUGGUCCCGCGCACAUCGGCUGCGAGAGCGACGGAUGCAAGAGGCAGUGUCGGUCUCUGCCUCAGAUUUGACUAGCCGGCUUGAAUGAUGGAUUGAGUAGGGAUUAUAUUAUUAUUUGUUUUGUUCAUGCUCUACUGCGCUUAUUAG